AUGGCGCAGAAUGAAAAUGAAACUAUUGAUCAAUUUGCUGUUCGUUUGCGACGGAAAGCUCAGCAGUGUGAUUAUGGAGAUCAGCUAGAGUCUCAAAUCAGGGAUCAAAUUAUUUCAAAGUGUCGUUCGAGUGAUUUGCGCAGAAAGUUUUUGGAAAGAGGUCAGACACCUUACCUUAGUCAAUUACAAGAAAUAGCAAGAACCUCUGAAGCUGUGAAAAGACAGGCAAAGAGUAUGAAUGUUCAAAAUGAUGGAAUGAAUAGAGUUUCCGAAAAGUCUGGUCGAUUAAACAGAUAUGAAAGCAAAAGUGAGAAAGGGGGAAGAGUUAAGAAGAGUGGUGAAUGUUUUCGGUGUGGGAAACCAGGACAUUUUGCCAGAGACCCUAAAUGCCCUGCCAAAGGGAAGGAAUGUUCCAAGUGUCACCAGAAAGGUCAUUUUGCUGUUGUGUGCAAAACGAAGAACAAAGAUUACGGCAGACAUUAUGUGAGCUUUGUUGAGGAAGAAGACAAGUAUGCUUUCGCCGUUAAGGGACAAUCAGAGACAGGAAAAGUGGAAGUGUCUGUUGGAGGUGUUUCAGUGGAGAUGGUUAUUGAUUCCGGAGCAAGUACAAAUGUCAUUGACAAAUAUCUGUGGGAAAAGUUAAAAAAAGAAGGACAUUAA